AUGUUUCGGCGUAUGCUUUGGGUGACGCCCGUCGCACUUGCUUACCCUCUUUACCCUCAUCUUCAAAGCUACACCAAAAACUUCACAGACAGCACAAAGGAAGAUGGAAAACCAGGGGCAUCCCACAACUCUACAGAGAACUCGGCGCUCGACUCGCCUGAUGAGAAACUUAUCACAGACAAGUUCAAGCAGUUGCGUGACAAGUACUCGGCACCAAAGUAUCCGAUUGUGCUCUGCCACGGGCUUUCUGGCUUUGACUCAUUGACGUUGUUCGAGCCGCCGCGAGCGCUCUGGACGCCUGAUUUCACCGAGGCUAGAGACGACUUGUUUGCUGCGGCGCAAGAAAGCGAAGGCUCCAUCAUGGUAAACUACUGGAACGGAAUCGAGAAGGCGCUAACGGCCGCCGGUGCUCGCGUUCUCACGGCGAAAGUGCCGCCGUUUGGGGCCAUUGCCGACCGGGCAAAAGCUUUGGAUACUCUUCUCGAAGCCAAGUGCGCUCAGUUCAAAGACCGCCGCCCUGGCGAGAGACUCAAGGUGAAUUUGGUGGGCCAUUCUAUGGGCGGACUCGACGCACGGUACCUUAUCUCGAAACUCCAGACAAGCAAGUCCUCGUACGAAGUAGUCAGCCUUACAACUGUUGGAACUCCGCACCAUGGGUCCGAAUGUGCGGAUUUUGUGGUGGAAGUAGUGGGCCAAGACUUGAAACUUGAUGCCGCAUGUCCUCAGGCGAUCCGUGAGCUCACCACCUCGCAUCUUCAACAAUUUAACAAGGAGGUGCCCAAUGACCCACGGGUGGCGUACUUUUCUUAUGGGGCUCUGAUGGAUCCUCAGGGCCUCAAGCUUUUUUUGCCCACGUACGAAAUCAUCAAGAGACGUAUUCUUGCCCGGGGCGAGACGCAUUAUGAAAACGAUGGCAUGGUUUCUGUGCAGCUGGCAAUGUGGGGAGAGUACAUGGGGACUCUACAGAACGUCGACCACAUGGACUUGAUUAACUGGACGAACCAAGUGAAGGCUGCGUUGGACAAGGUUUUUCUUAACGAGCAACCAGCUUUCAAUGCGGUGGCUUUGUAUUUGGACAUAGCAGAAACCCUCAGCUUACGUGGCUUUUGA